AAAGGUACAGUGCGAGCACCAACCACCAAGGCAGGCAGGUACGGCGAGGGGCAAGGUAUCUUGGGAAGCUUCUGGCGGGCAUCAGAAAAAUACGGAGGCGGGCAGACGGCCGGCCGGCUCGCCGCUAGCUGUGCAACAAAACAAAGCAAAACAGAUUCCGGAAAGCAGGCAGCUUUGGUAAGGCUUUGCUGGGUAGAGUACCGCCUUGCCACAAAGCCACCCAACAACUGCCAAGGGCCUAUAUAUAUAGGGACAGACACCAACCCAUCUUGUGUCCAUCAAGUCUCCAGCCAUCUCAUUUGUAGCUAAGCUUUGGUGAAGUUGUGCUGUCAGUGCGACCGUGUGACCAACUGAUUCAGGAAGAGAGCAGAGCCUGAUUCGUCCGGUCCUUGGGUGUUUUCUUGACUCUGUUUCUUGUUGCUUUCCUUGACAAGACAAAUUGGACUGAGAGGAUGGGUGUGGGCGGCACUCUGGACUACUUGUCCGAGCUUCUCGGCGGCGGCGGCCGGCGCCGGAGCUACAAGCAGAAGAGGAAGCAGUUCCAGACGGUGGAGCUCAAGGUCAGGAUGGACUGCGACGGCUGCGAGCUCAAAGUCAGGAACGCCCUCUCCGGCAUGAAAGGGGUGCAGUCGGUGGAGAUCAACCGGAAGCAGUACAAGGUGACGGUGCAGGGGUUCGUGGAGCCGCACAAGGUGGUGAAGCGGGUGCAGGCCACCGGGAAGAAGGCCGAGAUCUGGCCAUACAUCCCCUACAACCUCGUGGCGCACCCCUACGCCGCGCAGACCUACGACAAGAAGGCGCCCCCGGGCUACGUGCGCAAGGUGGACGCCGUCAUGCCCGUCGCCAGCUACGGCGGCCCCGGCGCCGGCGCGCAGGAGGAGCGGCUCACCACCAUGUUCAGCGACGACAACCCCAACGCCUGCUCCGUCAUGUGAGAACCUCCGUGAAGCGAGAGACGUCGAUCGAGCUCGAGGUCAUGUGUUCUUGGUGGCGGUGACAUGUAUGUAUGUGGCUCCGGACAGAGUGUAUGGCAUGCGUGUGCUGUUUAGAUUGUAAAUUAAGAGGAGAGUAAAGAGCGUAUAUAUGUUCGGAUUAGUCUUUGUUUUUCA